AUGGCCAGAGCACCGAUUCCAUGCUUGGCUCAGGACACCAGAGAGCUUCGGUUGUCAUCGCCGUCACACGCUGCCAACACCGGUGCUCGACGGUGCAGAAUCGAGUCAUCGCUGCUGCAGUCCCCUGCACGAGCCGGGCACAGUGCGUGCAUACGACACAUCUUCGCACGCACCGAACAGAAGUCCCACGAUGCCAUGAACCCAACCCUACCAAAUGUAUCCAGACAAGUGUCGCCUCGUAGGUCACAGCGGCCAACAAUGAAUGUUUCCAUGUUGCACGACCAGCCUCUUCCAGACAAGACUCUCUCUCACACGAAUCCUAACCUAGCUCUCUCACAACCAUACCCGUCCUGUGUCGUUGAACAGACGGCUUCCAGCCCUGCGUCCGAAUCCUGGUCCGACGACUCCCACUUCCUCAAGGUUGGUUUACUGUGCAGCCCAACGGAUCUCGCCGAGUCGUCAGCUGGAAGAGUUCGUGACUGGCUUCGGGCGACCUUGGAAAACGAUUCCCAGGAUAGCGACAACGAUCUUGAUGAAGACUAG